AUGGCGGCCGCCAGAGCCGGGGAAGGGGCGGGGCGCGCCUGGUCACGUGCCCGCGCCGCCGCCGACGUGGCCUCCAGCGGUCGCCCCACGUGUCCCUUGCCGCGUCCCGUCGCCACCCUGCCCUGCGGAUCCGAUCCCAACAUGGCGGCGCCCAGCAAAAGGAGGAACGGCGAAGGCGCGAGCUGGUGGGCUGCGUUGCUCCUGGCGGCUGUGGCGUUGAGGCCGGGGGAGGCGGUGUCCGAGCCCACGACGGUGGCGUUCGACGUGCGACCUGGCGGCGUCGUGCACUCUUUCUCCCAGAACGUGGGCCCGGGGGACAAAUAUACAUGCACGUUCACCUACGCUUCUCAAGGAGGGACCAACGAGAAGUGGCAGAUGAGUCUGGGGACCAGCAAAGACCACCAGCACUUUACCUGCACCAUCUGGAGGCCCCAGGGGCCAGGAGCCCAGCGUCCUAGUCAGGCCCCGCCGAGAGGAGACCCCGUCCGCAGCCCCCUGGCCUCAGAAGCGUCCCCGCGGCGUCCGUCUGUCUGCAGAUCACCGCCCGGCACCAGGGCGUGUGAGCACCAGCCCUCUAGGUGCCCAAGGACCUGCUGGCCGCAGGGCCACCCGCUCAGCAAGAGGUCACGCCUACCUGGGCUGGCCUCCCGGUUCUGGACACUGACCGAUCAGGCCCUGGCAGCCACCAGGGCUUAGAGAAUCUGGGAGGCCCCCCGGACCCCCCCCACCUGCCCUCCUGGUGCGCCCCCAGGGGGCCUCUUCACACGGCACGCGCUGCCGGCCCCUCUCAGCCCCUCGCUGCUCUGGCCGUGCUGACCUUGUGGUCCUUCGCCUGCCCCCGUUUGCACCCUCCCCGGGACCUUUGCCCUCCGCCCAGGGCAGCUGGCUCCCUCCCCUGCCUAGUUAACUCCUGUACUUCUCACCACCGGGGAUGUUGCCAUUUCUUGGUCCCCAGCACAAUGCCUGGAAAUGCCUUUGGCCCUCGAUGACCAAGCAUUCAGUGAAUGAACAUAAGGCUUCCCAUCCUAGAACAGCUGGGGCCCAGAAGGAGAAACAGACCUGUCGGUAAAUGAGCCGGACGAAUGUUCUAGCAAAGAGGAAAGGCUGACCCUCUUGCCUGCCCCUCUUUCGCAGGCCCCAGGGCAAGUCCUACCUGUACUUCACGCAGUUCAAGGCGGAGGUGCGGGGCGCGGAGAUCGAGUACGGCAUGGCCUAC